AGGUUUUCUUCGUCCUACCGUCCCACUCUUUCCGCCAUCUUCCGGCCAAAUUGUUAAUUCUUUUUUUCUGGAGUCAACACACACGACGGCCUCUUCCUGUUCCUUCUAAAAAGCCUCAAAGCAGCAUAAAUCCUCGACUAAGGCAUCACCAAUUGGGCCUCUCUCGUGCACGACUUGACUAUUCGUCGUCACUUCUUCUAAACUCUCCUCUCAAUUUAAUUUUCUUUUCCAUUUUUGUCUCUGCCCGGUAUUCACAAUGGCUGCCGCAAAGGCUGUUAAUGCGCCUGCUCAGGACAGCAGUCUUUCUCUCUACUCUAAAUUCGCCCUUGCCGGCGCUAUCUGCUGCUCCGUCACCCACGGCUCGCUCACCCCCGUCGAUGUCGUGAAGACCAGAAUCCAGCUUGACCCCGUUACAUACAACCGAGGUCUCAUUGGCGGUAUCCGUCAGGUCGUUGCAAAUGAGGGUGCUGGUGCCCUUCUGACCGGUCUCGGCCCUACCUUCGCUGGAUAUUUCCUCCAGGGCGCCUUUAAGUUCGGUGGAUAUGAAUUCUUCAAGCAGCAGUCGAUCAACGUUCUCGGCCUUGAGAAUGCCUCUCAAUACCGAACCGGCGUUUACCUUGUCUCGUCCGCCUUCGCCGAAUUCUUCGCCGACAUUGCCCUCUGCCCUCUCGAGGCCACCCGUAUCCGUCUCGUUUCCGAGCCUACUUAUGCUAGCGGCCUUGUGAGCGGUUUUAGCAAGAUGCUCUCGCAGGAGGGUAUCGGUGCUUUCUAUGCCGGCUUUGGCCCUAUCCUGUUCAAGCAGGUUCCUUACACCAUGGCCAAGUUCGUUGUUUACGAGAAGGUCGCUGAGACUAUCUACCGACAAUAUCCCAAGGAAAAGAUGUCUAAUGGUUUGCAAACGACCGUCAACCUGGGAUCUGGUCUGAUCGCCGGUUUUGCUGCUGCCAUCGUCUCCCAGCCCGCUGACACUAUGCUGUCCAAGAUCAACAAGACCAAGGGUCUCCCCGGUGAGAGCACAACUAGCCGUCUCAUCAAGAUUGCUAAGGAACUUGGUCUCCGCGGGUCCUACAGCGGUAUCGGUGCUCGUCUCUUCAUGGUUGGCACUCUAACUGCCGGUCAGUUUGCCAUCUAUGGCGACAUAAAAAAGGCAUUGGGGGCGGUAGGUGGUGUAGAGAUCUCCAAAUAGAUUUCAGGAUAGAGUAGGAAGUAGGGCAAGAGACGUAGAUUUGAUGAAGUCGCAUCAAUUGUAAAUAUAGAAGAAAUACUAGACUAAUGUAUCACGUGUUCAUCACGUGGUUUCUAUAACACCCAGCUCUGAACAUGUGUUAACUCAGAUGCCAUAGUUUAAGGCGACUUCUUUACUCUUGAAGAUGUCUUAAUUUGAAGCGCGGCCUGAUACAAAAAUCUCCUGGUACCAGUCUUGGACCCCGUCUCCUAUUUCAUGGCAUCUUCCUUGCCGCUUUCAUCAUAUUAUUGGAAAUAUCUAUUAGCUUAUUCGGUCUUGGGACGGCGACUGAUAAUAGCCUGCAUCAUUACCUCUGGACUCUAGUACCGUCCACAUGCUUUGUUGGAUUGUCCCCUGACCUCGGGUUGUGCGACUUUGAAUUACGCUGCUUAGCACCAUUAGAUUUCCACACCGAGCAGCCUUUUUGUAUCUUUCGCUGAUGAGUUGAGAAUCAACCCUCUUUGGCGCUCGUUAAAGGAUUGCCAUUAGAGCGGCAUUGAAAUGCUCAUUCUGAUAGGGCGCCACAUCUAUUGAAUUUGACAUCGAACAGCAUAUGAGUCGCCCUUCAACCAAUCUAUCCAUAUGCUCUAGAAAACCAGAAAUAUUUGCAAGUACAAAUAACGUUUCCUAUUAAUAUAAUGUUUUAUAGGCUAGUUUAUACGAAUAAAUGAUGAUGGUGAGAAAAUACGUGUGUUUACCAU